AUGGCUCGUGUCGGUGGAUCCUGGAUCCUCAGUGCUGCUGCUCCCCCUUUCUCCUCCACGUCAGGUGCUGCCACAGCCCCCCGCAUCCCCGCCACGCGGCUGGCCCUGCACCAUUUUGACGUGAACUACAGCCUGCAGCUCAAGGACCUGUGGCCCUCGGUCCGUGCCAGCCUGCUCUGUGAGCAGAAGUACGGUGCCCUCCUCAACAACUUCUCUUCUGUUGACCACGUCACCCAAGAGCUGGAGCUGCUGAGUGCCACUGAUUUUGUUUCUGAAGCCUCCAGGAAGGUGCAGGGACUGGUACAGGGUGCAGCUGUGGAGGAAGCAGGGAGAAGGGAAAGCAGGUCCCAGGACGGGUCUGGCGAGGGCAGGACAGGGAUGCAGGCAGACACCAUGUCACAGGCAGAGAUGUCACCGCCACUUUGUGCCUCCCUCAGCUCCAACAUCAGGUGUUACACCUUCCCCAGGGGUGACAUCACGCGCUUCCACCCCGCCUGGCCGGACACUCUGGGGCUCCUCAGCUAUUAUCUGAUGGACGCAGCGUCUCUCCUGCCCGUCCUGGCACUCAACGUGCAGCCAGGUGACUUUGUCCUCGACCUCUGUGCGGCUCCGGGUGGCAAGACUCUGGCUCUCUUGCAGACUGGGAUUUGUGGGCACCUGGCAGCCAAUGAUGUCUCUGUUUCCCGGACAAAGCGGCUGUACCAGAUUCUCCAAAGCUACGUUCCCAAAGAAAUCAGAGAAACUGUGAGCAUCACAUCCUAUGACGGAAGGGACUGGGGGCAGCUGGAAGGUGGCACUUUCCAUAAGGUGCUGGUGGAUGUGCCCUGCACAACAGACAGGCAUUCUGUUAUGGAGGAGGAGAACAACAUCUUCCACAAGAGACGAACCAAGGAGCGACAGAUGUUGCCCAUGCUGCAGCUGCAGCUGCUGAUGGCUGGGAUCCUGGCUACCAAGCCAGGGGGAGAGGUGGUGUAUUCUACAUGCUCCCUCUCCCCGCUGCAGAACGAGUACGUGAUCGAGAGAGCGGUAGAUGUUGCAGAGACUGAGUUUAACAUCAGUAUGGACAUCCAGGACUUGAGUCAUUUCAGAAUGCUCUUCCAGGACACGUUUUCCUUCUUCUCAGAUUGCCGGGUGGGGGAGCUUGUUCUGCCUCACCUCACAGCCAACUUUGGACCUAUGUAUUUCUGCAAAUUACGGCGGCUGUAG